UUAUUUGCUUUUUAACAUCACCAGCUUUUGAUUAGCACUCAAAAUUUUACAUAAUAUACCCUUUAAUAUGUGUUUCUGCCAUACAUUUUUAAUAGUAUUCUAAAUUUAAGAAACAAUGUUCGCUUUGGUGCGACUGCUAAGCAGGACCAGGUGCAACAGAAUGUUGCAAUCACAGGUGUUAUGCCAUGAAAGUGUAAAUCCUCCAUCUAGAAAAAUAUACAACAGUUCACCCAAGAUUUGCCCAACCUUAAGAGACUUCUCCUUUCUGAGGACCAGGAAAAUUUUUUACAGAUUGCCAUUACAGCGACUACUUUCUGACAAACUAACUGAAAAAGGCCGAGGCGAUGAACUUAACUAUUUUCUUAAGCUUGGCCAUGAGCAAUUCAUGAAGAUCAGAAAGAACAGGAUUCAGGAAAUUAGUAAUGAAAUUGAGGCAUUGCAAGAUGAAAUCAAAAAACUUGAAAAACAAACUAGCCGCAAAGCUAUGAAAACAAGAGAGGAUCUUUCGAAGCAAAUAAACCAUCUUAGGGAAAUGUUGGAGAGAUUCGAAAACACUAUCAAAAAAGAGAGCGAAUAA